AUGAGUAGCAAUAAACGGUACAUCAAAGAGCUCAAAGUUCUUCUCGUCGGCGACUUUGGAUAUGUGCACAAAAAGUUCACACAGCAGUAUAAGGUCACCAUUGGCGCUGAUUUUGUCACCAAGGAAAUUCUUGUUGAUGACAGACUCGUUACCUUGCAGAUUUGGGAUACUGCAGGACAAGAAAGAUUCCAGAGUCUUGGUGUUGCAUUCUAUAGAGGAGUUGACUGCUGCGUCUUAGUCUAUGAUGUUAAUGUCCGAAGAUCAUUUGACACUCUUGAUAAUUGGCAUGAUGAAUUUCUUAAUCAGCUUUUUGAUGUUGUGAAAACAGGAUGUGAAUCACAUAUCCUUUUUAGACUUGAACAUCUUGAUAUCAGUGAUAUAGGAUCUUAUACAUAA